GAAGAAAGGAAAGGAAAGGGGGGGGGGAGGUCCGGACUAGCUAGCAGCUUGUCAAUUUCAACAUCGGGUCACAUGACCAGCACCUCCCUGCUAAGGAUGGGGAUAGAUUUCCACGUCAGCUUACGUCUCCAAAUUUCUACUUCACGGAUCCGCUUCAAAGAGGCAGCUGCAGUGGAGAAUCAUGUUAAGCUCGGCUACUGCGGAAAGCCCAAGGUAGCCCAAUGAUGGAUUUUGAUGAGCGUGGUCCCUGCUCCUCUAACAUGUAUUUGCCAAGUUGUACUUACUACGUCUCGGGUCCAGAUUUCUCCAGCCUCCCUUCUUUUCUGCCCCAGACCCCGUCUUCGCGCCCAAUGACAUACUCCUACUCUUCCAACCUGCCCCAGGUCCAACCCGUGCGCGAAGUGACCUUCAGAGAAUACGCCAUUGAGCCCGCCACUAAAUGGCACCCCCGCGGCAAUCUGGCCCACUGCUACUCCGCGGAGGAGCUCGUGCACAGAGACUGCCUGCAGGCGCCCAGCGCGGCCGGCGUGCCUGGCGACGUGCUGGCCAAGAGCUCGGCCAACGUCUACCACCACCCCACCCCCGCCGUCUCGUCCAAUUUCUAUAGCACCGUGGGCCGAAACGGCGUCCUGCCACAGGCUUUCGACCAGUUUUUCGAGACGGCCUACGGCACCCCGGAAAACCUCGCCUCCUCCGACUACCCUGGGGACAAGAGCGCCGAGAAGGGGCCCCCGGCAGCCGCGGCGACCUCCGCGGCGGCGGCGGCGGCGGCGGCAGCGGCCACGGGCACGCCGGCAACUUCAAGUUCGGACAGCGGCGCCGGCGGCUGCCGGGAGGCGGCGGAGGAAAAGGAGCGGCGGCGGCGCCCCGAGAGCAGCAGCAGCCCCGAGUCGUCUUCCGGCCACACUGAGGACAAGGCCGGCGGUUCCAGUGGCCAACGAACCCGAAAAAAGCGCUGCCCCUACACCAAGUACCAGAUCCGGGAGCUGGAGCGGGAGUUCUUCUUCAGUGUGUACAUCAACAAAGAGAAGCGCCUGCAGCUAUCUCGCAUGCUCAACCUCACUGACCGUCAAGUCAAAAUCUGGUUUCAGAACAGGAGAAUGAAGGAAAAAAAAAUUAACAGAGACCGUUUACAGUACUACUCGGCCAACCCGCUCCUCUAAGGCUCCAGCCAACUGGAACUGGGUGGGGGGCUUCAUACACAUGAGAUUAUAUGCAGAUUUUGACCUUGACAAGGUCAAGGCACGCGGUGACUUUUGAAGAAAGGCGAUGUGCAAGAGAGGGGAGGCUACACGGAGACAGCCUGGAAGGAGGCCGCUCGGGAAGCUCCUGGGCGUCUGUGGUUAAGAUUUCUAACGAUAAUUGGAUUUGGAGAAUUGUACAUCAACGAGAAGGAAUGGUUUGGGGCGCCUGGUGGUUCACUCUUGGAGACUGUAGAGCUUCGGGUUGGGGGUGGUCUCCAUCAGGGACUGGGCCCCCUCCAGGCCCCAUGGAGAAUGACCCCGACCAGGGACCCUGCACAUGGAGCCUGUCCACUUCCAGGACCCCUGCGUCAAGGUCUCCAAACCCAGUUCAGUUUGGGAGCAGAAGGGAGGGGGAGGGUUCCUAGACGUCCGGAUUGGGCCUCCUCUCCAAAGCCAGUGUGAAAGAUGACUGGGCUAAGAGGAGGCUGUGAGGUGGGAGAGGGCUGCUGAUCCUUGAGGGAGAAAUAAUCUACUAUUCCACGUGGCAUUAGGGGCUCUCCAGCCCCUCCUAGCCACUCACCACACUGUCCCAGGCCCGAGCUGAGCUUCCAGCACUCGACUUCUGCAGCUCACCUAGUUUUUCCUACCGAUUAGGGUGUUCCUUCCUGGCCUGCCACUCUGGCCUAAAGCCUAGUGACAGAGCAGACCAUUCCCUGAGGUGGAAGACAUAAAAAAGCCGAGAGGCUGCACCCAGGCCGCUGGCCCCCAGAUCCCUGCAGGAAAUGCCUGUGGAGUGCGGCAGCUUGGCAAAGGCUACAGCACACUUAAAUCAAGCUUGGAUUUGCUCAGCGGAGCGCUGGAGCAGCAGAGCGGCGGGCCUGGCCAGCGGUCCCCAACUACGAGGGGCUUGAGCCCCCCAAGCACCCAGUUCCCACAUCGCACUCUGCCCUUCGUCACCCCAGAACAGAGCUUGGAAGCUUCCAGCGACCUUCCAAGAACUCAAGAGUGAUUUGGAAUUAUUUUAAAAGAUAAAUAUUAUAUUAUAUAUAUAUAUAUAUAUCCCUGAAAGAACCAAAGCAAAUUUUAAAAGAUGCAAUGUAGAGGGGGGAAAAGAUGAAGAAAAUAUUUAAAGGCUCUAUCGGUUUACAGUGUUCCAUGGUUAAACUCACUCACUGCUAAAAAUAUUUGAAUGUACGCUUCAUACAGGGAUGGUGUUCAAAAGACUUGUAA